GAAUGGUAUAAAUACCCAUAAAAUUGCAUUGACCGACUUUAGUUUAAAAUCGAAAUGAAAGUUCUAUGGAUACUAUUUGCCACAAUUCCUUUGGUGUUUUCAGAUUCGGGUUUUGUAAUUAAUACGAAGCCUGUCUGCAGUGCUAGAAUUAAGUUUGGACCAACAGAACCUGGCUGUAAUAAUAGAAGGAGAGAGUUAUGGAGCUAUGACAGACAACGUGACAAGUGUGAGAAUUGGGUUUACACAGGAUGCAAAACAGUUCUUAUUAAUAAUUUCACAAGUGCAGAGUCCUGCCACAAAGCAUGUGUUAGGUCUGGAAUUGAUUUGGGUGUGACUAAAGGAUACCACUGCAGGGCAGAUGAUAAACCAACGCCAGAGCAGUCAAAGGGUUGCCCCUGGAAAAAGGUUUGGAGUUACGACCCGAUAACGAACAAAUGCACUAAUUGGUCAUUUGCCGGAUGCAUGCGCGGUGGGAAUAUUUAUGACUCUUAUCCGGAUUGCCAACAUCGUUGCAUUAGGGCUUUAACUACAGUUCAUUGGUAUAAGCCAAAAGAGGACUGUCUUGGAAUAAUAGAAGUGUUAGCCAAACCGAAUUGCCAAACAUAUGAACCUUGGAGUUUUAUACAAUUGGAGAAAUUAUGCAAGCCAAGCUAUUGGGGUUCCUGUAAAUUCUCAACGAAGGAGUUUGGCCCCACGGGCGCGCUGGCCAAUGCCUUGUGCGUUAGAAGGUGUUAUGAACUUGAGGCUUGGUUAUUGCCAAUAAAUUGGGAAUCCAUGUGCAAAAGACCAAUUAAUCCUAGACCGGAGAAAACUAAAUGUGGACAAGGUACUGUUGUAUAUAGCUAUAACCGAAAUGGUGACGAUUGUGUCAAAUGGAAAUACUAUGGAUGCGAAAUCUUGGGGAAUUAUUAUCCAACUCUUGCCGAAUGCCGAGCGGGUUGUGUCAAAAGGUUGGGCAAAACUCAAGACUGAAGAUUUGAGCCAUAAGAGUCGGUGGUAUUUGUAAUAACUGAAUCUUUUAACUAAUCAUAAAACGAAGCAUUUAUACAAAAUAAAUAGAAGAAACUAGAUGCACAUGAAAA